UUCAGUUGGUUGCCAUCCGCAAUUACAAAUUUAAAGAAGAAGAAGCGAGGAAGAGACCCGCGUAUUCGCAAAUAUCAAAGCUGAAACAAAGCAUGCAAUUAAUUUUUCAUUAUGCAUGAGACUUUAUAUUCGCAAAUUAUCUGUGAAAAUGCCUAAAUCAAUCAAGAAGUCCUGCACUACCCAGACAUCUAUAAGUAGCUACUUCGGCGGGUUGAGCAGCAGUGCCCCUGACAGAAACGUUCAAUCCGGUAUUAUCGGUAACUCUGUUGAGCUAUGCGCUGGGCUGAAACCAGGACCUAAAGGAAAGCAUAAGCAUUCUCCGAAUAAUAAUAAUGGUGGGUCAUUAUUGAAACGAGCCAAAUUGGCCCAUAAUGGACAGGAAAAGGAGGACAUGAACUGUGAGGUCAUAUCCUGGCGUGUCGAUGAAAUCAGGGCCCCCUCCUCUCGAGGGGCAGGCAGCCUCUCCUCUUCCACUCUGGAGAGACUGAAGGGCUUCGUCUGCCCUAGUGAGCCCCAAGGCAGAGGCCCUCCUGGGCCCGGGAAUGCGGGUGGCGGGUCUGAGGAUGCAGAUGGUGGGCUUGAGGAUGCAGGUGGUAGGCCUGGUGAUGUAGGCGAUGGGUGUGCUCAUGGAGGUAAUGGGCCUGGGGAUGUAGAAGGUAGGGAGGCUGUGGCCCACAGAGAAAUGACUGGCGAUAAAGAGAGACAGAAAAGCGAAGAAGAGGAGUGGCGGAGUCCAGAGCCAUCAUCCAAAAAACAGGCUCUCGGCCUCAUUCAGUUUGCCAAGCCAGGAGAAGGAAGAAGAAGAAGAAGAAGGGGGGGUGUAAUGAAGACUCCUCCAGGAGUAGGGGGUGAAGUCUCUGUGACCAGUGCCCCCUGUGGGAUCUCUAAGAGUGGGUACACUCCUCUGGAGCAGCAGUACCUGCAGAUUAAAGAGCAACAUAAAGACGCUCUAUUGGCUGUGGAGUGUGGAUACAAGUACAGGUUCUUUGGCGAGGACGCAGAGAAAGCAGCGAAGCAGCUGAACAUCUUCUGUCACCUGGACCAUAACUUCAUGACGUGUAGCAUUCCCACACACCGCUUGUUCGUUCACGUACGACGCCUUGUCUCCCAGGGCCACAAGGUGGGCGUGGUGAAGCAGACAGAGACGUCGGCCAUUAAGGCCUCCGGAGCCAAUAAGAACACUUUGUUCACCCGCCAACUCAGCGCUCUCUACACAAAGUCUACACUGGUGGGGGAGGACGUCAACCCAGUGCAUAGUCUGGUUGAUGUGGAGGAGGGGGAGUGUGAUGAUGUGGUGACAGAUCCUCCAGAGAGCUACCUGCUCUGUCUCAGUGAGACCUGGGAUAAACCCAGAAAACAACUAACCAUUGGGCUGGUGGCGGUGCAGCCCAGUACAGGUGACGUGCUGUUGGAUUGUUUUGUGGACGGCUCAACGCGUUGUGAGCUGGAGGGGCGAGUCUUAAAGGUCAACCCUGUAGAGAUCCUGGUGCCCUCUGACCUCUCAGUCUCCUCCCACCGACUGCUGCAGAGCAUCGUCACCGCCAGUGUGCAGGCUGGUGAUGGUGUACGUAUAGAGAAGAGGGAAAGUGCCCAGUUUGACUUUGCCUCUGCAAUGAACACUGUCACUGAGUUCUACUGUCACACGCAGGACUCAGGUUCUAGACCUCUCUCCAGUAUAGCCUCUUUGGAAAGUCCUGUGAUCUGCUGUCUGGGUCCUCUCAUCCACUACCUCACAGAGUUUAACCUGCAGAGAGUACUACUGCACCACAGUUCGUUCAGGCACCUCUCCUGUGAGUCAGACGGUAUGGUCCUCAGUGCUCCCACUCUCAGAAACCUGGAGAUACUCACCAACCAGACAGAUGGAGGUACGAAGGGCAGUUUGUUGUGGGUGUUAGACCACACCCACACCUCAUUUGGUAGAAGACUGAUGAGGAAGUGGGUAAGCCAGCCCCUCAAAGAUGCACAGUCUAUAUGUGAGAGACAAGGUGCUGUAUGUGAGAUCCUGGAGUCUGAUUCCGUCACCCUACCCUCCGUUAGAGCCCUGCUCUUCCGACUGCCAGACCUGGAGAGAGGAGUGUGCAGCAUCUACCACAAGAAGGCUCCGCUUUGUCAUCAACAUGGACAACCUUGCAAUUGUUCCACCCAGGAGUUCUACCUCAUCAGCAGCAGUCUUUCUCGGCUGGGGGUGGAACUACAGGUUCUACUCCCAUCCAUCCAAUCACAGCUCAGCUCCUCUCUGCUCCGAGGGCUCCUAUUGGACACACCUGAACUGCUGGCUCCCGCUCACAACUUUCUCAAAGUCCUCAACGAGAAGGCAGCCAAGUCAGGGGAUAAGAGGGAGCUGUUCUGUGACCUAUCGGGCUUCCCAGUGCUCCAGGAGAGGAGAGUCGAGAUCCAAUCGGUUCUGACUGAGAUACAAGACCACCGGAGAGAGGUCCGAUACACACUCAGGACCCCCACACUGGACUACGUCAGAGUCAGUGGACAAGAGUUCUUGAUAGAGGUGAAGAACUCUAUGGUGUCUGUGGUUCCGUCCGACUGGGUUAAGAUCAGCAGUACUAAGGCAGUGAGUAGGUACCAGUCUCCGUACCUGAUAGGAAGAUGUAGGAGUCUGUCCCAGCUCAGAGAACAGCUGCUCAUCGACAGCCAGAAAGAAUGGACCAACUUCCUACAGUAUUAUUUCUUCCGUCGCUCUCCUCGCCACAAUGUGGGAUUGAACCAGGGACUCCCUGCACACAUCAACAACAUUCACCCUCAAAGCACUGUUACCUAUCGCUCCACAACAACUACUUCAAGUCAAUUUGGGGAGUACUACCACACUAUGAAGAAGGCCGUUGGUAACUUAGCAACAGUGGACUGCCUGUUCUCAUUGGCUGAGGUCGCUAAGCAGAGGAACUACUGCAGGCCGGUGUUGUGUGAGGGACACCGUCAGAUCGUGAUCAGGGACGGCAGACAUCCUGUGAUAGACCUACUGAUGGGAGAGCACACACAAUACGUCCCCAACAACACAGAAUUACAGGGUGACGGGAGGAGGACUCUGAUAAUAACAGGCCCUAACAUGGGGGGUAAGAGCUCCUACAUCCGCCAGGUGGCGCUAGUCAGCAUCAUGGCCCAGGUGGGAUCAUAUGUACCAGCUACAGAGGCAAGACUGGGCAUCCUGGAUGGCAUAUACACCAGAAUGGGAGCGUCUGACAGCAUCUAUAAGGGCCGAAGCACAUUCAUGGAGGAGCUGACGGAAGCCUCGGAAAUUGUCACCCGGGCAACCGAGAGGUCAUUGGUCAUCCUGGACGAGUUGGGGCGGGGCACCAGCACCCACGACGGGAUAGCUAUCGCCUAUGCUACUCUGGAGUACUUCAUCAGAGAUGUGAAGUCUCUAACUCUGUUUGUGACCCACUACCCACCUCUGUGUGAGCUGGAGAAGGUGUAUCCUCUGCAUGUAGGCAACUUCCACAUGGCCUUCCUCCUCAAUGAACCAGACAUCGCCACAGACGACGUUGAGGUGCAGCCAGAGUUCAUCACCUUCCUGUACCAGCUGACUGAGGGGGCGGCUGGGCAGAGCUAUGGGCUAAAUGUUGCCCGAUUGGCUGAGAUUCCAGAAGCUGUACUCCACAUCGCCGCACGCAAAGCACAGGAGCUAAAGAACAUAGUCGACGCCCGGAGAAAGAGCAAGAGGUUGUUUGCUGAACUGUGGAGCAUCGACGACAGAAAGGCUCUUUUGGACUGGGUGCAGCUAAACUCCUGAUCACACACACUCGAAUGUGCACACACACACUCAGAAAUCCCUGGCCAUUGUGACUCUAAGCCUGGUUUGUCCUCUUGUGUUCUCCAUAAAGUCUCUCUAGCCCUGACUCAGGAAGGACUAAAGCCCUGAGGGAACAGGAGGAACAGCAUUAAUCUCUGUAUCUAUAGAAAAUGGACACACACACCAUUAAAUGCCAAAGCACAUGCAAGUGCGUGGCGGAUUAGUGGGGCCAGUGAUGCGAGACCUAUCUCUAAACCCAGUCAUUUUUUAAAUUGAACCUUUAAUAAACUAGGCAAGUCAGUUAAGAACACAUUCUUAUUUGCAAUGACGGCCUACACAGGCCAAACCCGGGUGACACUGAGCCAAUUGUGCGCCGCCCUAUGGGACUCCCAAUCACGGCCGGUUAUGACACAGCCUGGAUUUGAACCAGAGUGUCUGUAGUUUUUCUUUGGUACCAGGUAGUUUAAUUGUAUUAAAGUAAGUAAAUACCUAAAGGUACCCAGUUACCAUUGUUGGUCAAUACCAGCUGAAACAGCAAGUUUAUCUAUGGUUAGGGAAACUCAUAGCGUUAAUGGCAUGGCUGCACGCUUGCUGUGAAUCCAGUAUGAGACCGCGCAGAGAAGCAGGGGAUAGCGUUAUUUUGACAAGCAUAGGCGAGAGACGUGUUUUGAUAAUGCAACCUAUGGUUUACAGAAUGAAGUCAGGAAUUUGCAUUUGAGGAUUUAGUAUUUUGGUUUCAGUGUGAUUGGGACUGGAUAGGAAAAUAGCCUAGGCUCUAGGACAGGAGAAGAUAGUUUUCCCUCAUGCCUCUCUGAAUUGUUCAGACUUCAUGUCUGUGACAGAGAGGCCUAUGUAGUGAAUUUUGCAUAGGCCUAGCAAAUUUGAGACUGUCUGAAGAGACACAAUGACAGCCCAAAGAGGCACAUGUUAUUUUCUAGGUUACUGUAGGGGUUUCCUGUAGGGUUUAUUAACUGCAUUCAGGUCCCGUGUGCAGUUCAGCAGUGUGCUUUGAAUUCAUGGCGACUUUGUGUGAAGUAAAUGCGCUAGGCUAAAAGCAACCUGUUUGGAUAAUGUGCUAUUUUAUUUUCUGCUAAUCUGAUGCUGCGUAUGUUGUGUAUUUUGUGGAAAUGCAUUAGUGCCAACAUUGGGUAAUAUUUUUGUAAUUUCCCAGGUCUUGUCAUUUACAUUUUUUGGUUGAAAUGUGAAUAGCGUUCCCGGGACAGUCCCAGGCUCCUGGUUACCCAUGUUAAUCCCUAAUUCAGAUUUAGUCUGGGUACCAGUCUGUUUAGCUAUCAUUCCACUCCUUGCCACUCCUGUCAUUUGGCAAGUGACAGGAGUGGAAUGUUAUCUAAAAUGACUGUUACCUAGCCUAAUUCAGGCUGUGUGGGUAGAAGGAAUUCAGGCUUGUACAAUUCAAUAAAAAAACAACUUUAUUCAGA